AAAGUGGUAUAAUCAGUUUCACUCAUUAUUCAGUAACAUUAUUCGUUGGUUGACGUCAUCGAGUUAAGCAGUCUGAAAUUCUCAGACAAUGUUCUCUUAGCAGUGUUCCUUCAUAUUACUAAAAAAGGUGAAUGGGAAUUCCCAAGUAUUAACUGGGGAAUCACCGUUGAAUGAGAAAAUUGCUUGUACCGUGUCACGCAGAGAUCAUAUGACAUUUUUCACGUGAAACACAGGAAUUCGAAAACAAGAUCAUAAGUUGCGCACAUUAUUUCCGUGGAUAGGCGUCAAUAUAUUGUUACAGAAUGUGGUCGAGAAGAUCGUGCUUAAUAUUUUCAACAAAAGAGUUAGUCAUGAGCGAUUACACUCAUCAAGAGGAGGUUCCCCUCGAGAAGGUUGUCAUUCUGGUUAACAACAGAGAAGAAGACAUGUUUCCGGAUAAAGAGAUAAGUUCAAUCUUUGAUCGAAAUGUAUUCGGUACAGAAAAUUGUUCCUUUGAAGUGAAUCCAGUGGAUCAAGAAAUAAAUGUCGCUAAAACGACACAAAACAACAGUGUAUUUGUUGGUGAACGUAGUCAACGCAAUGUUUUCUGUUCGCUUGAACAAACUGGUGACGGGAGUUAUCGCAACCAGACAAGUGAGAUCGAACCGUACCAUCAAGGAGAAACAGAUUAUGAAGCUAUGCAGCUCGGCGAUAGCCUUCUCGUUAGAAAGAGAGAAGAAGACCUGUUUCCGGAUGAAGAGAUAAGUUUAAUCAUUGAUCGAAAUGUAUUCGGUACAGAAAUUUGUUCCUUUGAAGGGAAUCCAGUGGAUCAAGAAAUAAAUGUCGCUAAAACGACACAAAAUAUCAGUGUAUUUGUUGGUGAACGUAGUCAACGCAAUGUUUUCAGUUCGCUUGAACAAACUGGUGACCGGAGUUAUCGCAACCAGACAAGUGAGAUCAAACCGUACCAUCAAGGAGAACCAGAUUAUGAAGCUAUGCAGCUCGGCGAUAGCCUUCUCGUUAGAAAGAGAAGAAGACCUGUUUCCGGAUGAAGAGAUAAGUUUAAUCUUUGAUCGAAAUGUAUUCGGUACAGAAAUUUGUUCCUUUGAAGGAAUCCAGUGGAUCAAGAAAUAAAUGUCGCUAAAAUGACACAAAAUAUCAGUGUAUUUGUUGGUGAACGUAGUCAACGCAAUGUUUUCAGUUCGCUUGAACAAACUGGUGACGGGAGUUAUCGCAACCAGACAAGUGAGAUCAAACCGUACCAUCAAGGAGAACCAGAUUAUGAAGCUAUGCAGCUCGGCGAUAGCCUUCUCGUUAGAAAGAGAGAAGAAGACCUGUUUCCGGAUGAAGAGAUAAGUUCAAUCUUUGAUCGAAAUGUAUUCGGUACAGAAAUUUGUUCCUUUGAAGUGAAUCCAGUGGAUCAAGAAAUAAAUGUCGCUAAAAUGACACAAAAUAUCAGUGUAUUUGUUGGGGAACCUAAUCAACGCAAUGUUUUCAGUUCUCUUGAACAAACUGGUGACGGGAGUUAUCGCAACCAGACAAGUGAGAUCGAACCGUACCAUCAAGGAGAACCACAUUCUGAAGCUAUGCAGCUCGACGAUAGCCUUCUCGUUAACAACAGAGAAGAAGACAUGUUUUCGGAUGAAGAGAUAAGUUCAAUCUUUGAUCGAAUGGAUUUUCAAUCAUUGCAGCUCGUCGUCAGCCAUCUCGUUGACAACACAGAAGAAGAUACAAUGCAUAAUGAUAAUUACCCUGAAAAUUGGUUCUACUUUUCUUUCAGUGAAAGAUACGAAGAGCUCGAUUUGAUGUCAACGAUUUCAGAACUUUGACUAUUGAUACUUGACAUGGCAUGUAUAGCCUUUGCCCUUUAUUAACUGUCGUCUUUAUAAAAUGUUACCAUAAGCAUUACUGUUGCAUUAUUACAGAAUAGUGUAAAUUAGAACGUCAUGAACACGUAAAUCUAUGGUAAAUGCUUACCUACUAAAGUAUGUUGACUUAGGUCAACACCUAAUUGAUUGCAUUAAAGCAUUAAUUGAGAAACAUAAGUAUGUGGUCUGCUUAGUUAUGUGAAUAAGCAUAAAUUUCUGUAUAGUUGUGUAAUUAACUGUUCUAACAUUAAGUAUAAUCUCAGAUUAUAAACAGAAAACCAGUA